UCAAGAAAAGAAAACGUCCCACGACUGAAUCUAGUUGAUGAUCCCUGAUGGAGGCCAAUUACCCACACACAUACAGAAGGCUACAGUCCUCCUGAGAGCUGUAAUAUUAUAGGGUCAUAGAGUACCACAGUCAUAAUACCCAUAAAACCUAGCGGUCAAUUGCUUUUCCAACAUUCACCAUAUUUUCCCAUUCACCAAAUGUGGCAAUCAUAAAGAACUACAAAUGCCAUGACGAUAUGGACAAGACUGCCGAAUCGAAGCAAAGGUAUGAUGCCAUUCCUAUUCUGCACAGCGUCAUCCUGUGUUCCUCCCCUCCUCCUUCUAUGGUAAGAAUCACCUGAACUCCAGUUUGUCCCUCCACCUAAGAAUGGAGGGCCCUCAAGCCUCCCCAAAGCCUGGAAAGCAGCCAGAGGACUUCAAAUUUGGUCGAAUUCUAGGAGAAGGCUCCUAUUCAACAGUUGUGCUGGCAAGAGAACAGGCCACAGGGAAGGAAUAUGCUAUGAAGAUUUUGGAGAAGAUGCACAUCCGGAAGGAGAACAAGGCACAUUGCGUGACGCGAGAGAGGGAUAUCAUGUCAAGCUUAGACCAUCCAUUUAUUGUCAAGCUCUACUUCACAUUUCAAGAUGUGAAAAGGUUGUAUUUUUGCAUAAGCUAUGCAAGAAAUGGGGAAUUACUGAAAUACAUUAGCAAAAUAGGCUCAUUCGAUGAGACGUGCACUAGAUUCUACUCUGCUGAAAUAGUAUGUGCAUUACAGUAUUUGCAUUCUAAAGGCAUAAUUCACAGGGACCUCAAACCAGAGAAUAUUUUACUGAAUGAGGCCAUGCACAUUCAAAUAACAGACUUUGGAACUGCAAAACAACUCUCAUCAGAUAGUACACAAAACAGAGCGAACUCCUUUGUUGGAACAGCUGAGUAUGUUUCACCAGAGCUACUGACUCAGAAAUCUGCCUGCAAAAGCUCUGACCUUUGGGGAUUAGGCUGUAUCAUCUACCAGUUAGUAGCAGGAUUACCUCCAUUUAGAGCUGGGAAUGACUACCUGAAAUUCCAGAAGAUUAUUAAACUGGAGUAUGAAUUUCCUGAUAAAUUCUUUCCUAAGGCGAAGGAUCUAGUGGAACAGCUUCUAUGCUUGGAUCCCUCCAACCGAUUAGGUUGUGAGGAGAUGGGUGGGUACAGCCCUCUCAGAGCCCAUUCUUUCUUUGAGGCUGUCACAUGGGAGAACCUUCACCUACAGACACCCCCCAAACUCACCCCCUACCUGCCAGCCAUGGCUGAGGAUGAUGAGGACUAUUAUGGAAACUAUGAUGACCUCCUCAGCCAGUUCAGCAACAUGCAGGUCGUCCAGUCCAGCUCUUUCCAACCACUGUUUGUGGCCAACCCCAGUCCCAUCCCCAACUCCAACCCCGCACAAAGGCCCAACAGCAACAUCGAGCAGUACAUUCAUGACCUGGACAACAACUCCUUUGAGCUGGACCUGCAGUUUUCCACUGAGGUGAAGCGGCUACUGCUUGAGAAGCAGACAAGUAGAAACCCCUGGCAUCAGUUUGUGGAGAAUAAUUUGAUUCUCAAGAUGGGACCAGUGGACAAAAGGAAGGGGCUGUUUGCACGUCGGCGCCAGCUAUUGUUGACUGAGGGACCACACCUUUACUAUGUGGACCCAGUUAACAAGGUUUUGAAAGGAGAGAUCCCCUGGUCCCCUGCACUGCGCCCAGAGGCCAAGAACUUCAAGACCUUCUUUGUCCAUACACCAAACAGAACAUACUAUCUGAUGGACCCAUGCGGGAAUGCUGACAAAUGGUGCAACACAAUUCAAGAAGUGUGGCAAAAUAUCUAUAACAAGCAUUUUAACUCAUGCAUGUAGGUUGUGUACACUAUCUUUUGAAGACUGUUCUUACUCCAUAAUGUCAGGAGACAGAAAAUGUAGGCGUCAAUUAAUAAAUGAUGGAAAACACCUAGCUGUAAUGUAGCUUACAAUUCGGUUUCCCUAUUACUACACACAUUUCAUUUCUUGUAGGGCAGCAGGUUCAGGACAUGGACCAUUGUAAUGCAGAAUUUGAUACAAUCAGCUGGAUCAAACGGCAUUCUGGUAUAGAAAGGACCUAUUAUUCAAGGAAGUAGAAUGGGUAUUGCAACUAUUCUAACAGAUGAUUUCUUAGGCUUGGAUGGUCUCAUGUCUGACAUGGUGGCCUUGGUACUCUUAAGCAAUUUGUCUUCUAUAGCAGAAAAUAAACUUAGGUCAAACCACA